AGGACGGCGUCGGGCGCGCGGGGCUGGGAGGCCGUCGCUGCCUGGCACGCGGGGCGCGCCUGGACUCUUCCUGCGCCGCAGGGCUUCCGAGGCGCGCGGGGGCGCCCCGGGGACCUGGGCUGUGCGCGGGCGUGAGCUCGCUCCGACCGGACCCCGCUGCGCCUGAGGGGCGGCGGCUCCCGGGAGCGGGCCGAGGGCUCCCUCUGCACCGAUCGGCGGUUUGUAUUGAAUAAGCGUUCUGACAAACUGCUGAAGAGAGAGCCUUGAUAGACUGUCUAGGUUGGUUUGACAUCCACAAAUGCAGAACUGAGGGGCUUUAUAGAUCAGAAUUUCAGUCCAACAAAAGGAGUUGUGCUGAACGUGUAUCUACUGAGGCUGGGCACCCUGUAGUUAGUUGUUUUCUGCUCUUUGACCAGUUGUGGUUUUCUGUAAUGGACUCUGUGUGCUGCAAAGAGACGCUUCUUUGAUGAGAGGUAACGCUUCAUUUGUUGCGUUUCCAGUUUCCAAUACCAACUCACCAACAAAGAUUUUACCGAAAACCUUAGGGCCAAUAAAUGUGAAUGUUGGACCCCAAAUGAUUAUAAGCACACCACAGAGAAUUGCCAAUUCAGGAAGUGUUCUGAUUGGGAGUCCAUAUACCCCUGCACCAGCAAUGGUCACUCAGACUCACAUAGCUGAGGCUACCGGCUGGGUUCCCAGUGAUAGAAAACGAGCUAGAGAAUUUGUAGACUCUGAUUUUUCAGAAAGUAAACGAAGCAAAAAAGGAGAUAAAAAUGGGAAAGGCUUGAGACAUUUUUCAAUGAAAGUGUGUGAGAAGGUUCAACGAAAAGGCACGACAUCAUACAAUGAAGUAGCUGAUGAGCUAGUGUCUGAGUUUACCAAUUCAAGUAACCACUUGGCAGCUGAUUCGCAGGCUUAUGAUCAGAAGAACAUUAGACGAAGAGUUUACGAUGCUUUAAAUGUGCUAAUGGCAAUGAACAUAAUUUCAAAGGAAAAAAAAGAAAUAAAGUGGAUUGGCCUGCCUACUAAUUCUGCUCAGGAAUGUCAAAACUUGGAAAUAGAGAAGCAGAGACGGAUAGAACGGAUAAAGCAGAAACGGGCCCAACUACAAGAACUUCUCCUUCAGCAAAUUGCUUUUAAAAACCUGGUACAGAGAAAUCGACAAAAUGAACAACAAAACCAGGGCCCUCCAGCUCUGAAUUCCACCAUUCAGCUGCCAUUUAUAAUCAUUAAUACAAGCAGAAAAACAGUCAUAGAUUGCAGCAUCUCCAGUGACAAGUUUGAGUACCUUUUUAAUUUUGAUAACACCUUUGAGAUCCACGAUGACAUAGAGGUACUGAAACGGAUGGGAAUGUCCUUUGGUCUAGAGUCAGGCAAAUGCUCUCUAGAGGACCUGAAAAUUGCAAAAUCACUGGUUCCGAAAGCUUUAGAAGGCUAUAUCACAGAUAUCUCUACAGGACCUUCUUGGUUAAAUCAGGGACUACUUUUGAACUCUACCCAAUCAGUUUCAAAUUUAGAGCUGACUACUGGUGCCACUGUGCCCCAGUCAAGUGUAAACCAAGGGUUGUGUUUGGAUGCUGAAGUGGCCUUAGCAGCUGGACAGUUGCUUGCCCCAAACAGUCACCAGUCCAGCAGUGCGGCCUCUCACUGCUCAGAGUCCCGUGGAGAGACCCCCUGUUCUUUCAACGAUGAAGAUGAGGAAGAUGAGGAGGAGGACUCCUCCUCCCCAGAAUAAAGAAGGAGAAAACUUGUGUUUUAAUAUUUGACGCUCAUGUGUGUCUUUAGUGUGAGCUCUUGUGUUUUGAAAUGAUUGCUUCAGUCUUUGCCUUUGUUUGCAUUUGUGUUUAGUGAAAACUAGAGAAACACAAGAAGCAAAUCACAUGAAGGCUGAGAUGAUUGAAAUGAAAGUUAACAUAGUGUGACUGAAAACUGAACAGCAGAGCAGUAGGGCACAUCGCGAACAAAGCAUGCUUUCUGAAGAGCUAGAGGGGGAUGAUCCAUGAAGAACAGCCAUGAAUGAAGUUCAUUUGUGUGCAGGGAGGUAGGGUUUAAAGACCCCAUGAUGUGUGAGCGUUUAGACUUGAAAUUGCUGCAGGGAACAGUAUGCAGCGGUGAUCGUUUUCUCCCUCGCUGGUCUGUCGGUCUAUCUAUAGGCAAAAGUAACCUGGAAAGUCCCAGUGGGUGUAGCGCGAGGGAUGUAGAUCGCAAUCCUUGUGCCUGAGGAGCACGGGAACGCUGAGCUAGUUGAAGUCUAGCUGAGGUGCUUCGUGCGUCUGCUGCCUUAGCCUCUAGAAGGGAGCAAGCGCUAUCUUGUAAGUACCUCGGUGACAUUUAGAAUAAUUGAUGGUAAACGGAAGUGACCACUAUGCAUUGGUGCAUAGGCGUGACUAGGGCUACUUCUGGAAGCCAAAUAGAAUAGCAUUUCCAUGUGCAUUAAACCUUUGCCAGCACUGCCUUUUGCCAGCAUCCUAAAUUUGGAGUUUUACUAAGAAGGAAACUGUGCUUAUGGUUUUAAUCAAAGCUAUGCAGUUCAUACAGCUUUUUAAUUUACAAUGAAACAAAGAAGCAAAUUCCUUUGACCAAAUUGCUUGUCUGUAAUUGUCUGCAGUGCUGUAUGAUUUUACCCAUGUGCAAUUUGUGAAAAUGAACCAAAUGUCACUACUUUUGUCUUUAUUUCAAGAAUAUGGACAUCAUUGUUCUCCUGUA